UAGAUUCUGAAGAGGCUCAGUCUGUAAAUCCUUCUAGUGUUGAUGAAAAUAUUGACUCUGAAACAGAGAAAGACUCUCUCAUCUGUGAAAGUAAACAAGUACUUCCCAGUAAAGCACCUCUUCCAUCUGCCCUUGAUGAGUAUGAGUUCAAAGAUGAUGAUGAUGAAGAAAUAAAUAAAAUGAUCGAUGACAGACAUAUUCUUAGGAAAGAACAACGAAAAGAGAAUGAAUCUGAAGGAGAAAAGAAUAGUUUAUUUACAAAACAGGAGAAAGCCUUCUAUCCUAAAUCAUUUAAAAGUAAAAAACAAAAGCCAUCUAGGGUUUUAUAUUCAAGUACUGAAAGUUCUGAUGAAGAAGUUCUUCAGAACAAAAAGGUUUCUACUGCAUGUUCUAUCCCUGAAACAUCACAUUCUGAUAUACAAACCAAGAAGGAGUAUGUAGUUUCAAGUGAACACAAACAGAAAGGCAAAGUUAAAAGAAAAUUAAAAAACCAGAACAAAAAUAAAGAAAACCAAGAGCUGAAGCAAGAAAAAGAGGGAAAAGAAAACACCAGAGUAACAAACUUGACAGUUAGUACUGCUCUAGAUUGUUCAGAAAAGACCAGAGAAGAAGGGAAUUUUAGGAAAUCUUUUAGCCCAAAAGAUGAUACUUCAUUACAUUUGUUUCAUAUUUCCACUGGUAAAUCUCCCAAACACUCUUGCGGAUUAAGUGAAAAACAGUCAAUACCACUAAAACAAGAACAUACUAAAACAUGUUUAUCACCAGGAAGUUCUGAAAUAUCAUUACAGCCUGAUCUUGUUAGGUAUGAUAACACAGAAUCUGAAUUUUUGCCAGAAAGUUCAACUGUAAAAUCUUGUAAGCAUAAGGAAAAAAACAAACAUCAGAAAGAUUUCCACUUAGAAUUUGGUGAAAAAUCAAAUGCCAAAGUAAAGGAUGAAGAUCAUAGUCCAACAUUUGAAAAUUCAGAUUGCACACUAAAAAAAAUGGAUAAAGAGGGUAAAACAUUAAAAAAACAUAAAUUGAAACAUAAGGAGAGGGAAAAAGAAAAACAUAAAAAAGAAAUUGAAGGUGAAAAGGAAAAAUAUAAAAAUAAGGAUGGUGCUAAAGAACUGCAGAGGAGUGUGGAGUUUGAUAGAGAAUUUUGGAAAGAGAAUUUUUUUAAAAGUGAUGAAACCGAAGACCUGUUUUUAAGUAUGGAACAUGAGUCCCUAACGUUAGAAAAAAAAUCAAAAUUGGAAAAAAACAUAAAAGAUGAUAAACCAGCCAAGGAAAAGCAUGUCUCAAAAGAGAAGAACUUUAAAGAAGAACGGGAAAAGAUUAAAAAGGAAACUGAGAAAUCUUUUAGGGAAGAAAAAACAAAAGACCUAAAAGAAGAAAGAGAGAAUAUACCCACAGAUAAAGAAACAGAAUUCAGUUCUUUGGGUAUAAGUACCAGUGAGGAAUCCACAGGGCUACAUACAGUGGAAAAGGAAAUAGACAUUGAAAAACAAGAAAAGCAUGUAAAAGAAAGUAAGGAAAAAUCUGAGAAACGAUUUCAAACUAAAGAAAAGGACAUGGAAAAACCUGAAAGAAAAAGUUCUGAAAAAGAGAAGAAGAUAAAACAUGAUCACAAGUCUGAAAAAGACAAAUUAGAUCUUAGUGAAUGUAUUGAUAGAAUAAAAGAAAAGGACAAACUAUAUUCACAUCACACAGAAAAAUGCCAUAAAGAAGGUGAGAAGAUCAAAAAUAUUGCUACUAUUAAAAAAACUGAUGAUAGAGAGAAGAAUAGAGAAAAGAUGGAUAGAAAACAUGACAAAGAAAAACCUGAAAAAGAGAGGCAUCUAGCAGAAAGCAAAGAAAAGCACUUGAUGGAGAAAAAAAAUAAACAAUCAGAUAAUAGUGAGUAUACUAAAUCAGAGAAAGGCAAAAAUAAAGAAAAAGACAGGGAAAUCGAUAAAAAGGAGAAAUCUAGAGAUAAGGAAAGUAUAAAUAUAACUAACUCCAAACACUUACAGGAAGAGAGAAAGUCGAGUAUAAUAGACAGUAGUAAAGCACAACAUGAAAAAACUUUACCCUUUAAAGAAAAAUCAAAAGAUGAACCUUUGAAAACUCCAGAUGGAAAGGAAAAAGAUAAAAGAGACAUAGAUAGAUACAAAGAACGAGACAAACAUAAAGAUAAAAUCCAGCUAAAUAGUUUACUCAAAUUGAAAUCUGAAGCAGAAAAGCUUAAACCUAAAGCAUCGCCAGCAUCAAAAGAUACUCGACCUAAAGAAAAGAGGUUAGUGAAUGAUGAUUUAAUGCAGACAAGUUUUGAACGAAUGCUAAGCCUUAAAGACUUAGAAAUAGAACAAUGGCACAAAAAACAUAAGGAAAAAAUUAAGCAAAAAGAAAAAGAACGUUUGAGAAAUCGUAAUUGUUUGGAACUUAAAGUAAAAGAUAAAGAAAAAACAAAACAUGCACUAGCUGAAGCCAAAAAUAAAGAACUUACUAGGUCAAAGAGUUCAGAGUUGACCGAUGUUUUUACCAAGGAGAAACAGUCUAAAGAUGCUGUAAGUAACAGAUCACAGUCUGUGGACACCAAAAGCAUAAUGAAUUUAGGGAAGUCAUCCUUUGUUUCAGAUAAUAGCUCAAACAGGUCUCCUAGAUCAGAAAGUGAAAAGCCAGGUCUCAGCUCCAGAUCUGUAUCCAUGAUUUCUGUUGCUAGUUCAGAAGAUUCCUGUCAUACUACAGUGACAACCCCAAGGCCUCCAGUUGAAUAUGACUCUGACUUUGUGUUAGAAGGUUCAGAGUCCCAAAUGUCCUUUUCCCAGUCACUUUUUUUGCCAAUUGUCAAAUCUCCUGCCCUUCUUGAAAGGGAAUUGGACAGCCUGGCUGAACUGCCAGAGCGGAUUAAACCACCAUAUGCAAACAGACUUCCAACGUCUCAUCUCAGGUCAUCUUCUACAGAAGAAGUUAAACUAAUUAUAAACGAGGGGAGAUCUAGUGUAGAAGUUCGAAGAUGUAGCAUGCCAUCUGUCAUUUGUGAACAUCCCAAACAAUUCCAAGCAAUAUCAGAAGAAACCAGUCAAGGUAGCUUAUUAGCUGUGCCAAGAGAUUCUUGUCCUUCUCCCAAACCUGAGGUAUCCUCAAAUGUUCCCGAAAGAGAUCUUUCAAAUGUGUCUAACAUACAUUCCAGUUUUGCAGCUUCUCCAACUAGGUCUGUAAACAGCAAAUAUAUUUCAGCUGAUAUGAAUGUUAUUAAGAGUACUACUCCAGUGGGCACUUUAAUGGAUAGUUCUGUUCAUUUAGAACUGUCAAAUCAGAUUGGUGUGAUCCAGAAUAAAUCAUGGGAGAUACCUGUUGAUAGACGGGAGUCCUUAAGCACCAGUGACUUUAUCUGCCCAAAUUCUGGUACACCUGAUCACGAUUCCUCUGUUGAGGGUUUUUGUAAUUCUGACAACAAAAUAAAAGAACAGAACACUGAUUUUUUAUCCCUGCACCAGACUGAGCUGCCAGGAAACUCUUGUGCUCAGGAUACAGCAUCCUUUCUGCCUUCACAGCAACCUUGCUCUUUCCCCAGCCAAUCAGUUUCGGAUGCUGAAUCUAUUUCUAAACAUAUGUCUCUGUCCUAUGUUGCCAAUCAAGAGCCUGGUAUUUUACAUCAGAAAAAUGCAGUUCAAAUGAUCAAUUCUGUUUUAGAUACUGAUAAUGAAUCUACAAAAGAUACAGAAAAUACUCUUGUCCUAGCAGAUGUUCAAAAAACAGAUGCCUUUGUCUCAGUGUAUUCUGAAAGCACUCUUCAAGAAGCAUCACCAAACUUUGAGAAGGCUAAUACUUUGCCUGUGUUACCAUCAGAAAAGGACUUUAAUGGAAGUGAUGCCUCUUCUCAGCUAAAUACACAUUAUGCAUUCAGCAAACUAACUAACAAGUCUUCCAGUGGUCAUGAAGUUGAGAAUAAUACAACUGAUAUUCAGGUUAUUUCACAUGAAAAAGAAAAACUGGAGGGUUUGGUUUUAACUCAUUUGAGUAAGUGUGAUUCUGAUUUAUGUGCAAUUAAUACAGCGAUGCCAAAAGGAAACCUAAAUGAACAAGAUAAUCCAAAACAUUUUCCUGAAAAUGAAAAGUGUGUGUUUUCCAUCGAAAGUGAAGAAUCUGAACAAAAUGUUUUAUCAAGUCUGGAAAACCAUUUACAGCAGUCAGCUCAACCAGAAAUGCAUAAAUAUGGUCAAUUAGUUAAAGUAGAGUUAGAAGAAAAUGUUGAAGACGAUAAAACUGAAAACCAAAUCCCUCAAAGAAUGACUAGAAACAAAGCAAAUACAGUGGGAAAUCAAAGCAAACAGAUUCUUGCUAGCUGUACACUGUUAUCAGAAAAAGACAGUGAAUCUUCAUCUCUUAGAGCAAGAAUAAGAUUAACUGAAGAAGAUGAUCCUCAAAUUCACCAUCCACGGAAAAGGAAAGUGUCACGGGUACCUCAGCCUGUGCAAGUGAAUCCUUCUUUACUGCAAGCAAAAGAGAAAACUCAGCAAUCUCUGGCAGCCAUCGUAGAUUCUCUGAAAUUAGAUGAGAUUCAGCCAUACAGCUCAGAGAGAGCAAAUCCAUAUUUUGAAUACUUGCACAUAAGGAAAAAAAUUGAAGAAAAGCGCAAAUUAUUGUGUAGUGUUAUUCCUCAAGCACCUCAGUAUUAUGAUGAAUAUGUAACAUUUAAUGGAUCAUAUCUCCUGGACGGAAACCCCUUAAGCAAGAUCUGUAUUCCCACAAUUACACCACCACCUUCACUGUCAGAUCCACUUAAAGAGCUUUUUCGACAACAGGAAGUUGUAAGAAUGAAACUACGUUUGCAACACAGUAUUGAAAGGGAAAAACUCAUUGUAUCCAAUGAACAGGAAGUUCUAAGAGUUCAUUACAGAGCUGCAAGAACAUUGGCAAAUCAAACACUGCCAUUUAGUGCUUGUACUGUUUUACUGGAUGCAGAAGUAUACAAUGUACCAUUGGACUCUCAGUCUGAUGACAGUAAAACUUCUGUAAGAGAUCGCUUUAAUGCAAGACAGUUCAUGUCUUGGUUACAAGAUGUGGAUGAUAAAUUUGACAAAUUAAAGACCUGUCUUUUAAUGAGGCAACAACAUGAAGCUGCGGCUUUAAAUGCCGUCCAGAGAUUAGAAUGGCAGCUCAAACUCCAGGAACUCGAUCCUGCCACCUAUAAGUCUAUCAGCAUUUACGAAAUCCAGGAGUUUUAUGUUCCCCUUGUGGAUGUUAAUGAUGACUUUGAAUUGACUCCUAUAUAGCAGCCAUGACUUCAUGAAGAUGUCAUCCUAAACUGAUGAUGCCCAAGCAUUAUACUGUGGAAUACUGCCUUUUGACAAAAAUACUGGUAAUAUGUCUUUACAAUCAUUAGUAAAGUUCAUUUAAAGUUGGUUAUGUAGUAAACACUGUCAUUUUAUAAAAAAUGAAGAGAAUUAUUUUGGAUCUCAGAUCCAAACACAGUUUCUAACAAAACUAUUAUAUAUAUUGGUGAAAGGUAACUCUUGGAUUAGAGCAUAUUGGCAGACCGGUAGAUAUUUAAGAAAUUGAGAAUCUGCUAACAGCGCUGGAAGUUGUUAGCACUCUAAGUAUGGAGAUAACCACUACUAUUCAAAUCUCUUUCAGGUUUUAUUAAAAAUGUAUCAGUAAACUAAAAGGUUCAGUUCCUACCAAAUGGUUGCUAACAUGGAAGAAAAACUUGGCACAAAAUUUCUUCAGAUUAUUGUAUCUGUAAAUUAAUUGUACAGUUUUCUUUUUGACAGUUUUAAUAUUGUCUUCCAUUUUAAUAACUUAUUUUAUACAUACUGUGCAGAUGUAAAUCUUGUAAUUAAUGGUCAAAAUGUACACAAAGGGAUUGGUAGUCAACACAUGUACAAAGAAAUAACUGUAAAACUGUUUUGUCUAAUGUUUUAUUGGACCAAAGUUGUAAUUUGUAUGGAGUGUAGUAGUACUGUGUUCAGGUAACAGAACCUUUAAAUAAGGCAUGCAUGUGUUUGAGUUAGAUUGUUUUCAUCACCAUAACUGUAAAGAUGAUGGCUUAGUUGUAGUGCAUGCUGUGUAUAAUUUAACUCUCUCCAUGACUGAGGCACAGAACAGUAUAAGGCGUGUCAUACCAGUCUCCUGUGAUAGAACCUGUGACUUACUAUGUUGGACGUAUUAUUUAGAAGUAGUCAUACGAAGAAACUUAGCUCUUUUUUCAUCUCGCAGUAGAGCCUAUUUCCCGCUGGAAAAAAAAUAUGCCUUUGAAUGAAAAUUCUGAAAUUGUAAAUGUCUAUUUUAAUACUCAACUAUAAAAGAAUCUGUGAAUAUAUGUAAAUAUGUUUAAUAAAUUUUAUUGGUCAUGUUAAA